ACCACCACCGUCAUCUCCUCCUCCAAAUUCCGUUAACGUUGAAGAUAUAUGAACAUAGUUAUACAUAUAUAUAGAUACAAAUUCAUAUAUUUAUAGAUGAGGUGUAAGAAGCACGCAACCGAUCUCAGUACUGUCGUCGGCGUCUGCGCUUCUUGCCUCCGGGAACGCCUCCUCAGGCUAAUCGCUGCUCAGGAACAAGCCGAGGCUCAAUUACUGGCCAAUAAGCACGGUAAUUCGGACACAAAUCCGGCGUUCCCGCGUUCUGUUUCACCGUACAUCACUCGCCGGAAAUCCGAUAACUCGGUGGCUCCUGAUGCAGCUGUACCACGGCCGUACAACAAGCCUCGCCUUCAUCAUAGCCUAUCGGAUCAAAGAUUCUAUAACUCGCCGCAGAUAGCGCUUAGUACCGGAGGUUGCAUCGGAAAUACUUCUUCGAACAGGAAGAAACCGAGUUUAAUUAGGUUCUCUUCAUUUUCGAACUUGUUCAGAUCUAAUAAUGGAAACGGAGAUGCUGAUUCGAGUUCUAGGGAACCGUGCGGUGCUGCUGGUCAACCGACGUCCGUGACGUCAUCUCCGGCGUGGUUUUCAAACGUUCUUCCAGGUGGUGGCAGUAAUCAGAAGAAGAAGAGCUCUGAUGUCGACGAAUCUUCAACAAUCGCAGCUACCGGCGUCGUGCGGAAGCAGCGGUGCUAUCGAAAUCGUGGAAUGUCGCCUGUGCGAUCUUUUGACGACGGUGGAGAAGAUGAAUUCAGCGAUGGAUCAAGCGAAUACGAAUCCGUAGAAUCAUGUAAACAGACGCCGCGGAAGACUCCUUCUCAUCCUACGAUCCGUCGGGGCAGCGGUCAUCGGAGUGUUUCUGAAAUGAUUUUCUGUUUGAGUCCGUUAGUGCGUGCAAGUCCUAACCGAUUAUGGAACCACAAAGGAAAACCACCGGUUGACGGCGGCGAUGGCAGAGCUCCGGUGGUGCCUCACCUCUCCAACGCCAAGUCGUUUUGUGCCAACAGAUCACGGAAGCUUGCCGAUUUCGGGAGGUCUGAUCCAAACCGUUGAUUUUCUUGACCGUUAACAUUGACCAAGUCACGGAUCAUAUUGACCGCACUUAAAAUUGCCAAUCUGCCCUUAUCUUUCCGUAUUUUUUGUUUUAUCUUUAUAGAUUUUUAAUUUUCUGUGAAUAUUAUUUCUGAAUGAAUUACAAGUAUACCCUCCGCCUGC